AGCAAAGAAAAAUGUUCCAAAGUCACAGUGACGAGCUCUCUUUUUUGCUUUACCUUCACUGGACUUUUUAUAGUUUAAUUAGGCAAACGUUUGUUAAUAUGUUUAUCUGGUCUUUGGUAUCACAUACACUCGGAGUUCAAGUUUGCUUAAUUUGCAUCAAAUAUAUCUGAUGAUGUAUAUAUAGAAACUCACGCCAGGAGCACAGGUGCUUGUAAAUUGUUUCACCUGCUCCUUGCCACGACUUAUUUAGACCCGAAGUUACUUUGACCCUCACAUUCUCACCGCGGGGCUCUCGACUAAAUGAAUAAUAAAUAACGCAGCGGUUCGAGUCGAAUUUUAUCCACGCUAACCCGAAUUUCCAUAUGCAGAUCUGUCUCUCCCUACAGUCCCCCUCGCCAUCACACCGUUUCUUGCAUUCUAAUGCAUUCUCGCAUCUUUCCAAAACCCCCCCUUCGCCGUGGAUGAGCUCGCUUUUGUCGACUUACGGGUCGUUAUUUCUACACGUUUGACUUGCCCAGUGCGGAGAGGCGCUAUCGGUGCGCUGUUUUGCAUGCUCUAAAUGUGCACGUUUUGAUAGCCGGUAGUCAGCGGAGACAAUAAAAAUGAACGCGUCGGGAGAUUCGUUCCUGUGCGAUGCAGCGAAAACCCGCUCUGCCUUCAGCAGGAGACAGUCCGUCUGUGUGAGGGCUCUGUGGCCACCAACAGAAAGCCUGCUCCUCGCUGGGUGGGGUGUACGCUGGCGGCCCUGCACCUCCACUGGGAUUGACUGGGGCCCGAGCCCCUGUGAGGUUAUCGAUUUCAAUCAGUGGCCUGGGAGAUUGGAGCUGAAUGAUGCUGCAGACUUUAAACGGCUCCAUGUUCAGUGCAGCCCUGCUGGUUGUUGGCUGCCUGCUGCUGCAGAGGAAUCCAGUGACCACAGAGGGGCAUCGUGGGACCAACCGCCAUGUCUUCUACGCGCUUCGAGUGGACGGAGGCCCCGCGGCCGCCAGAGCUCUGGCCGAGCAGCACGGACUGGAGUUCAUACUGCGGGUUGGCAGCCUGCAGGAUGUGUACACACUCAGAGACAGCAGGGGGCGCCGUGACAGAGCCGCCUUUGAGAGCACACUUUCUACAGCAGAAGGGGUUCAUCAGGUGACGAGGCAGCACAGUCAUUACAGAGACAAGCGGGUUCCUGUGGAAGGACUGGACUUCAAAUUCACUCACAGUUUCCAGAGGGGAGAGUCUGCAUCCGACAGGCAGCCUGAGGAGAAUAAGAGUGACCAGUCCCUCACCUUCAAUGACCCGCUCUGGCCCAUGCAGUGGGAACUGCUUGCACAGGGCGAGUACAGCUUCAGUGGGUUUGACCUUAAUGUGAUGCCGGUUUGGAAGAACACCAUCACCGGUGACGGAGUAGUGGUCAGCAUCGUCGACGAUGGUAUUGAUCACACAAACAAGGACCUGAAGAAGAACUUUGAGGCCCUCGCCAGUUUUGACGUGCGCGCGUCACACGGUCUGUCACAUGAUCCCAUGCCACUCCGAGACGAGGAGAAUAGUCAUGGUACCCGGUGUGCGGGGGAAGUUGCCAUGGAGGCCAACAACUCCUACUGCGGUGUGGGCAUCGCCUUCAACGCCAGAAUCGGAGGUAUCCGCCUGUUGGACGGCCCCGUCACCGAUGCCAUGGAGGCCACGUCCCUGACCUACAACAUGGCCUUCAUCGACAUCUACGUCUGCAGCUGGGGCCCCCAAGACGACGGGGCCACGGUGGACGGGCCGCUCAGCUUGACGGCGCGGGCCCUUCGGCUGGGAACCCACGAGGGCCGGCGUGGGAAGGGCAGCAUCUUCGUGUGGGCGGCGGGUAACGGCGGACCGCACCGCGACCACUGCGGCGCAGACGGCUACGUCAACUCCAUCUACAACAUCGCCGUCGGCGGCGUCUCUGAAACGGGGAAGCCCGCCUUCUUCGGCGAGCCCUGCCCCGGCGUGAUGGCCGUCACUCUGACGGGGUCCGCGGUGGGGGGGCCGCUCCCUCUGGUCACCGUGACCAACAUGGACGACGGCUGUGUCACGUACUUUCCAGGAACAUCCAGUGCUGCCCCCAUCGCUGCAGGGAUCCUGGCGCUGGCGUUGGAAGUGAAUCCUGCGCUGACGUGGAGGGACGUGCAGCAUCUGAUCGCCAACACGGCGAAGAUCCCCGACCCCAAAGAGCCUGGCUGGAACAUCAACGCGGCAGGACACCAUGUCCACCACAGGUAUGGUUUUGGAUUGUUGGAUGCAGGGCUGAUGGUACAGCAGGCCGCACACUUCAGCACUGUCAUGCCACAGAGGAAGUGCAUGCAAGGAGGCCCACUCACUCCUACCAGGACCCUUUCUCCGGGGGGCUUGGUGACUGUGGACUUUCAAUCAGCUGCCUGCCUCGGGACGACUGAUGACAUCAACACUCUGGAGCACGUUCAGGUGAGCGUGAGCAUCGACGCCGUGUGCCGCGGCGACCUCUCCAUCAGUCUGGAGUCUCCAGCUGGCACCGUAUCACUGCUGCUGGAUACGCGGCCCAACGACGCCUCCGCUGCAGGCCUGAAAAACUGGACCCUGAUGACGGUGCACUGCUGGGGGGAGCACCCGCGGGGCCUCUGGUCCCUCAAGAUUUACUGUCCCCUCUGUGACCAAUUACGAAGGCCCAGUAUGUCACAGAGACGGGGAGGAAACACGGCGAAGCCGGGCGCCGUAACGACGGCGCCGCUCAUUAACGGAGGGCCGAGGCGAGUCGCAACACGAAUUAACGCUCGCAUUUUACGUGCCGCAUGCCUUGGCACACCGCAAACACACACACACACUCACUGAUUGGUUUUACGCUGUUUGUCAACUUUACCGCGGAAUGGAGAGAAACAUGUAGAAAAACAAUUACAAGGUGGGGAAAAUAGGACGUGUGAGUGUUACAACUCUGGCAAGAAGGAACAGAGAAAAAGGAAAAGGAGACACACACCUAAAAGAUGAACUGUGAAACUACAGAUUCAGUCAAUUCACUAUCACGGUUCACCCAAAACGUUCUCACUGUGCCAAUACAAGCUACAGGAAGGACUAUUCCAAACACCUGGAAUAAUACAACCAUUGUGUUUGGCACAAUUGUGAACAUUUCUUGUUAUUUGAUUGUUUUUGACGUUGUCUGUGCCGCUGCAAAAAUAGAAAAUUGCAGAGGUACGCCAAUUAACUCUUGAAAGGACAAGGGAGAGAAACGGAGGACGAGACAGAGGACGUGCUGGACUGGCUGCUGGAGAGUGAAGGGUGGACUAUAAAAUGGAGGCCCUGGGAAGAGACUUUAACCGGACUAUCUGCCGGAUCACUGUUUUAAAAACUCAGGGGCAGCAGAGGAGAGGAGGAGGAGGAGGAGGAGGAGGAAGAGGAGCCUCUGCGGAGGGUCUAUAUUGAUUCGUCAUGAUGACAAUUGUCAAAGAGCGCCGUGGUGCUGCCGCUAUAAAAGCGCGACUGAAGUGAAGAGGGAGCGAGUGUUAUGGCUCGAGGCUCAGCUGACCUUCCAGCGCUGUGAAGGAGACGGGACCACAUGGCUGGAAAUAUACUCUCUCUCUCUCUCUCUCUCUCUCUCCCCUCUGCUCGCUCUACCGCCAUCUGUGGUGCCUUCACUCUGUGCUGUUUAUCACAGACAGUAUUGCAGGCGGUGUUCCACAAUAUAAGGAUGGAUUUUGCCAGCAAUGUACAGUAUGGAUUUAAAUUGCACGGAUCUGACUGACCAUGGAAUUUAACAUCAAUGCUGUAUGAAUAUUAAUAUCUGUGAUAACCAUUAAGGAUUCAUUCAUAAGCAGAUGGAAGUAUAUCAAAUGUUAUUUUGACCGUGUGUCCUUCAUCUUCCUUCGUACACACACACACACACACACACACACACACACACACACACACACACAAGUGUCUCCCUCUCGUCUUUUCCUUUAGUGCUUUUCUGUCUUAAUGCUAUAGGACUGUGAAACGUGACAAUAUGAAAGUUCAUCUAUUAGUAAACUAUGUGUAGUUAGUUCGUUAGUUCUGGCUGGUUUAAUUCAUGGUUUCACCCAAAUACAAAAUCCCUGCAGAUAGUUUGGGAUUGAUUGGGUUUUUUUUCCGGAGAUCUCUGCCUGAAUAAAAUGCAGGUAGAUAGAAUCGUGUUUGUGGUUCUUACAGAGAUGAAAGAUGACCUUCAAGGAAGUAUAUCUGUCAGGAAUCUGUGCAUUACAACCGAACAGAACAAACUGUGAGGGGUUUAUGUCGAAAUGAAACUGAAAUGUUGCUUUUUUUAUUGGAAUAUGAAAGACAAUCGCAAAGUCCCACCGUGGUAUUGGUGUGGAGACAUCUCACCGACUGGAAAGAUGAAAGGAAAAUGUAUUUUCAUGAAAGCCUUAUUAGAUACUACUUGAGGUGAGAGAAAAACGUCUCUUUCAUAAUGUUGACGAGCAGACUUUUGGGCAGCAUUUCUGCACUAUAGUGCUUUACACAAUAUACCCAGAUGAAAACACACAGAUAUAUAAAUCAA